AUGGCGACAGAGGUGGAUGCAUGCAUUUGCCAGGAAGAUGGACAGUGGUCUCCUCAAAGUAUUUCCUGUUGCCCCAGAAAGUGUCCCCUCCCAGGAAACAUCACCCAUGUAAUCGUGCUUGGGGACAACUUCACUGUGAACACAAACAUCACUUUGUCAUGUGUAGAAGGCUAUACUCUGGUGGGAGCAAGCACAUCUACGUGCGAGGAGACUGGCAUUUGGGUGCCACCGUUUUCUGAUGACAUCUGCAUUCCUGUGUCCUGUGGGACCCCAGAGUCUCCAGAGUAUGGAUUUGUGGUUGGCUCUAAAUACAGUUACAAAGACGUGGUUCUUUAUAAAUGUGAUUCUGGCUAUGAAUUACAAGGUGAUGCAGAACGGACUUGCCAAGAAGACAAGCUUUGGAGUGGCACAGUGCCAGUGUGCAGAAGAAUCACUUGUGGGCUGCAUCCAUCAGUAGAAAAAGCAGAGGCCAUUUCUACGGGAAGCACUUACAGAAGUAAUGUGACCUUUGUGUGCAGCUCUGGAUACCAUCUUGUUGGGCCACAGAAUAUCAUGUGUCUUGCCAACGGGAGCUGGAGUAAACCCUUGCCGUCAUGUGAAGCAAACCCUUGUCCUGUGCCUUUCAUAAUCCCAGAGAAUGCCGUUCUGUCCGAGGUGGAUUUUUAUGUUGGUCAGAAUGUAACCAUCAGGUGCAGGGAAGGCUACCAGCUGAAAGGGCAGUCUGUGAUCACCUGUAAUGCUGAUGAGACCUGGACUCCAGCAACAGCUAAGUGUGAAAAGAUAUCUUGCGGCCCCCCAGCUCACACUGAGAAUGCUCUGAUUCGUGGUAGCUUCUAUCAGUAUGGAGACAUGGUCACCUAUUCAUGCUACAGUGGGUACAUGCUGGAGGGGCCCCUGCGGAGCAUUUGCGUAGAAAAUGGAACAUGGACAACACCACCUACCUGCAAAG